AGGAGCUCUUUUAAGUGAUGGCAACAAAUGGUGGGCAAGUGGUGGUUGAUGAAGAAAGCCUUUCUUGUGCGAAUAGAGUUCAACCCUUCUCAUCCACACCUAGGAUAGAGCCAUGGGAAGUUGAUCAAAGAAAGAAGGGAUCAGAUUCUCUUACUUUGGGAGAUAGGUUGGGUUUGGAGGAUCUUUAUUCCUUGAAUGUUUGGCGGGCAUCGGUUGGAGAGUUACUUGGCACGGCUGUUCUAGUGUUCAUGUUAGACACAAUAGUCAUUUCAUCGGUUGAGACCCAAACGAAAACACCAAAUGUUUUAAUGUCCAUCCUGAUUGCCAUCACCAUCACCAUCCUUCUCCUAGCGGUUUGCCCAAUUUCAGGUGGACACAUGAAUCCAGUCAUAUCCUUCUCAGCAGCCCUUGUUGGUCUCAUUUCCCUCUCUCGAGCCUUCAUCUACAUACUUGCACAAUGUGUGGGUGCUCUACUUGGUGCACUAGCUCUUCAAGCUGUUGUGAGCACCAACAUCGAGCAGACUUUUGCACUCGGAGGGUGUACUAUUGGCCCAAUCGGACCAAUGGGCAUGGAAACGAGCCAAGCCCUUUGGCUCGAAAUAAUUUGCACUUUCAUCUUCCUUUUCGCUUCUAUUUGGAUGGCAUACGACCAUCGGCAAGCAAAGGCUUUGGGGGGUCAUGUUAUCGUGUUCUCGGUAAUUGGAAUUGUGUUGGGACUUCUUGUGUUUAUCUCGACGAGUCUAACAGGAAAGAAAGGUUAUUCUGGUGCAGGGAUGAAUCCAGCGAGAUGUUUGGGACCAGCCAUGAUUAGAGGAGGUCAUUUAUGGGAUGGCCACUGGGUGUUCUGGGCAGGCCCUACCAUCGCUUGCAUGGCGUUUUAUGUCUACACCAAGAUUAUUCCAACUAAUCAUUUCCAUGCCAAUGGUUACAGACAUGAUUUCUUCAAUGUUUUGAGAGCCUUGAUUUGAUAUGAUAUGUCAUCAUUAAUCUUGUAAUUUGACUAAUGCUCUCAAAUUAUUAAAUAAUUACCUAUAAUUAAUUAAAUAAUGUAUCAAAUCCUCUCAACAUUAAUUAAUUAAUUUCCUAGUGAUCAAAAUUAAGAAUUGUUUUUCUUUCUUUCUUUUUGGUUGUCAUUUGCUUGAUGUUAUGUGAUGUAACAUGAUAUGUAACUUUUGUAAUUUUUAUGAUAAAU